AUGAAACUCUUACUUGCUUUCGCCGUGGCUACUCUAGCUACAGCCAGCUCCAUUGCCUUUCCUUCGAACCAUCCUCCAACCGAGUGGAGGCUCGCCGGUCCCAAUGGUGACCAAGCUCCCUGCCCGAUGCUAAAUGCCCUGGCAAACCAUGGCUACCUCCCCCACAACGGCAAAUACAUCGGAGAAGAGACCAUCGUUCAAGCAUUCGCAACAGUCCUGAACUUCGAAAAGGUCUUUUCUCAAACCCUCUUCAAGAAUGCCCUGACCACAAAUCCAAAUGCCACGACCUUCUCACUGGCGAAUCUCACACCUCUUCUAUCUACUAGUCGGGAAGACUUCUAUUUCGGCGACGACCACAGCUUCAACCAGACCAUCUUCGACGAAACACGCUCCUACUGGGGCGAUGGACCAACUGCCCUCAUCGGCCCCGAAACCGCAGCCAAAGCCCACCGAGCCCGAGUCAACACGUCGAAUCGAAAGGUCCCAGCUUUCAAACUAGCCGACACGGGCAAAGGCAACAGCAUCGGCGAAUCAGCCGCAUAUCUCCUCGUCCUUGGGAACAAGACAACGAGCAUUACUAGGAAAGCCUGGGUCGAGUAUCUGUUCGAGCUCAAGAAGCGAUAUCUUUGUCGGAUUUGGGGGUAUUAUUCGGAGGGGUUUUAA